AUGGCUACCCUUACAAAAUUGACAGCCUUAGCUAUUCUUGUGAAUAGUUGCUAUGCAGGCAUUUUACAUGGGCAUAGUCAUCAUGAAGAACAUAGCCAUGGUUAUCCAGCGGCACAACCUUCUAGCAUAUUUUCAGCAUCUUCUUCAAACGCCUUAGCAUCAUCAAGCUUCUCUCCCAGUUCAUUCCCAGUUGGAUCUCUACCAUCUGCUACUUAUUCUGGUGACACUUUCAUAGGAAGUGGUCCUUCAAAUGGAUUUGGACAUGAAGAAAGUAGUCACUCGAGUGGAUUCGGACAUAUAGAAAGUGGUCACUCAAGUGGAUUAGAUGCUGGCCAUAUAGGUACUGGUUACUCCAAUUUAUAUAACGCUGGUCUUGUCGGAAAUGGUUAUGCCAAUGGAUAUAAUGCCGGCCUUAUCGGAAGUGGUCACUCAAGUGGAUUCAGUACAAGUCUUGGUGGAAGUGGUCACAUAAGUGGAUUCGGUGGUGCUAAUACUGGUUUCGGUACAGCGGGAUUGACUGAUGUUUCUGUUGGUAGCAAUGGAUUUGGAUCAGGAUUGGGUGGUGCUACUUUUGCUGCACCAGUUGGGGCUGGAGCUGCUCUUCCAGGAUCAGAAAUUAUUGGAAAUGAUGCACCCCCUGCAGGACCAAAAGCUCCAGUUAUCACUGAGAUUCAUGGCCUAGCUAACAAUAAUGGUGCUCCUACAAGAUAUCGUGUUCGCGAUGAACCUUACCAAGUAUUUCGUGAAGUAACACACAGAGUUCCCCAACCCGUUCCCGUACCAGUUCCUCAACCUGUUCAAAUUCCUGUACCACAGCCCUACCCCGUCCAGGUCCCUGUUGUAAGAAACAUCCCCGUUCCAGUUGUUAAGAUCCAGCACGUAAAAGUUGACAAGCCCGUACCUUACCCGGUAGAAAAAAUUGUAAAAGUUCCCGUCGAGAAAGUUGUUCAUGUGUCGGUUGACCACCCAGUGCCAGUUGAGAAAAUUGUCGAAGUACCCGUUGUAAAACUGGUCAAAGUUCCAGUUCAUGUCGUGAAGAAUUACCCAGUACCCGUUUUCAAGACUGUUCAUCACAAAGCCCAUGCUAGCUACGGCCAAGGUUAUGGACAUGGCCACAGUUACGGCUACGGUCAUGGCCACGGACAAGGAUUGUCUCUCUGGUAA